CGUCGCGGCCAGCGUCUACAAUCUCCCGUCUAGGGGGGCACCCUGGUUGUGAUCUUUCACCGUCAUCGACUCACUUAUCACCUUGGUUCACUUCUUGUCCUUUCCCUCUACUACUUAACACCAAACAGCACCCGCACUCAACGAUACCGUUUCCUUGGAACUUGCACACCUUCGAAGAUCACAAGCACUCACACCAGAGAAUCUUGGACUGCUUGAUGAGCGUCUUACCUCCGGACACAAGACUCGUAACGAUCAACCCGUUGCGCUCCCAGCUUCUACUCGACCAGCAAGCACCAUCGUGCGAGCAAUCACACACGGCCAGUUUUAGCCGCUUCAUCCCAUCACGGAACUCCAAAUCACCUUCGCCCCUCGCAAAGCUUCACUCAACCGCAACCAUGCCUACUAAAAAGCUUCAUUCGAACACGCUCAUAUCAUCGACCCUUCCGCCUCCGUACGCCCCAGGCUCCCUCAACAUAGACAUCGAUACCGAACCAUCAACCUGGGGUCCUGAGCACCUGCUACCCAAGAAAGUCGGACUCUCCCUGCGCAACAACUUGGGCAGAAGCGUGAAGCAGCAAAGACUAAAAGACCACCGCACUACCAAUGCACACAUCAAGGACGUCUUAGGCGUCAAAUACGACAAAAUCGACACAAAUUCGAUGUCGAGGGAGCAGCGCGGUGGCUUGCUGUGGAGCCUGCGCAAGGCGGCUCUCAUGGGUCUUCUGUAUGCGGGCGAGGGCCCGAUGCAAGUCACCCAUCCUGAGGAGUUUGAUGUUGAUGAGGAGGAAAAGUGGUUGAUAGGGGUGCACAAGAAGUUUUUGAAAGCUGCACCAGAGAAGAGUGGGUGUGGGGAUGGAUGCGAGGAUGAUGAGGAUGAUGAGGAGGUUUGGCCGACGGUGGGAGCGUCUUUCGAGAAGAAAGAGGGCCAGGAUUUUGUCGAGAGCGACAGCGAGUCUGAAGAUGGCGCGGACGGCAAUGCGGAUGCGGAACAAGAAGUGAAUCACAAGGACGGGGCCGACAUCAAGGACCGGGUGAAGGUUACGACCGAGAGCAAGGGUGAUGAAUGGUCGGAGCCUAGGAAACGAAACUGGGGCGUCGAGUGCAAGCCUUGUACUCGUGGCUUCGGGAUGAUGGUUGGUGAGGAGGGAGAUUCAACAGCUGAGGACGAGCAGGACUUAGGGAAGAACGGAAUCCCCAAGAUUGCGAAGAUGGCGUAUGAGAGCAAGGGCGGGGAAGGAGGACUGGUGGGCAGGAAUCGAAAGUGGGGCGUCGAGUGCAAGCCUUGCACCAGUGGCUUUGGGAUGAUGGCUGCUGAGGAGGAUAUCAAGAUGGGAGGCUUCUAUUGAGGAGUCAAAAAGAGGGACAGAUGAUGGAGAGGCAACGUUUGAGUUGCUCCACAAACCGAUCUUCUGGUGCUGACCGGGAAACGUAUUGAGUUGAGCAGGGAUAGAACGACAGAGAACCCCAACCCAUACGCAGAUAGUCGAGAAACAAUCUCCGUGCACCGAGAAGA